AUGCCGGUCUUUACUAUCGUCCAACGAGCCCUCCCUUUUCCCUGGAGAAGAAGAUCCUUAACCAGCAAAGGCAAGGAAAAAGAAGAUGACCUUAACCUCGACUUCGAAUCCUCCGAUCAUGAUUCAGAUCUCUACUUCCAAGAAAAGUUCGUCGGCAGUCAAUUUGCCGCGCCUAGCUCGCCACUGCACCGUGACGUCUCCGACGACCUGCAUAUAGCGGUGAAGCAGAGUCCAGACCCAACGAUCAACCCUCACGGAUCCAAUAGCGAGUACUCAGACUUAGAUUCGGAAGCAGGCUCCGAGAUCGACGAACAAGCCUCGUCUUCAUCCCCGCACGCUCGUGUUGGUCGCGUGGUCAGCUGGGCGAGUAUUGUCCGCAGCCGAUGUCGGUGGACGCAUGAACAAGAGAAGGAGCUUCUGGGUGCCGAGAAGCAGCUAGCACGAUGUCAAAAGGCUUGGAGCUCUGAACAAGAGUUAUGGCUAUCUUAUAUCCAAGUUUUACGCGAAGAGAAAGAAGCCCAUGAAGGCUUUAUGCUGAUGCGACUGAAACAGCAAGAUGACGAGCGGAACCAGUUUCGCAAGGUCUGGAGACGACGUCGGUCUAUUGAGAGUGCCAUAGAAGAUAAAGAAAAACAGAUCGCGGUCACGGUGAAGGGAAACAUCAACGGCUUACAGAAGCUACGUCGCUUGCAGCUUGGCUAUUUAAGUCCUGGUUUAGUGGCGAAGUCACCCGCAUUGACAUGUCAAGCAUGA